GUUCUCGACCACCACCACGUCCAGCUCGACGUCCGCAGGCCGCUCUCCGACGUCGACGACAACGACAGCGAAGAUCAUGUCGUUCAUCACCCCCCGCCGCAGCUCUGUCCUCGGUAAGCGCUCGCACCAGCGCUCGGCAUCCUCUUGCUCGCUGGCCACCUGCGACCAGCUGGCUACGCCCGACAGCACACCCGAUCCAAAACGGCCUCGCACGUCCUUGACGCUGCUCGAUGGCACUAAUAACAAGGAGAACAUACCGCCAUACCGGGUCGACGCCAUCAACGCUGAGACGCCCGACAUCACUGCCAGUCGGCGUCCCUCUACAGAUUCUAUACAUACACCUGCCCGACCGGGUACAACCAAUGAGCAGCCGAUCACUCCUGCCACUGCGCAAGCUUCGCUAGCCACCCCUCCGGCUACACCGCAGACCAACCUUCCCCUCCACGCCGCGGCGCGCGCCCUUCUACGCGCUACAGUAAACUCCGAAGCUGUCCAAGUCGUUGGACGCGAUGACGAGCGCAAACUGAUCGCUACGUUCAUCGAACGCUUCCUCGCCGGCGAAUCAUCGGGUCAGUCCCUGUACGUUUCCGGAUCCCCCGGGACGGGCAAGACGGCCCUCGUCAACGACAUUCUCUCCAAACACCAGGAGUCGCAAGAGAAUGUGCAAGUCCUCUCCCUCAACUGCAUGGCGUUCAACGACGUGGACGCCUUGUGGGACAAGAUGAUCGAGGUCUUCGGAGACGCUCACGCUAGCAAGUCGACAACGAAGGGCAAGAAGGCUCGAGGCCGAGAGGCAAUUGUCAAGUUGCUUGCGAAGACGGCGUCUAAGUGCGUGUUCGUCCUCGACGAGCUCGAUCACAUAGCAUCGGAUGCCAGCUCCCUUGCCGCCGUCUUCUCCUUGCCGCAAAACCUCGACAACGCGUGCAUCAUCGGCAUUGCCAACACGCACACACUCACGUCUGACUCGACGUCUACGCCGGACAACGUCCAGACCGUUCACUUCCAGCCCUACACUUCCGCACAACUGCUCUCUAUCUUGCAAGCGCGCUUAAGCCCCUUGCAUGAAAGUGAUGACACGAAGGCUGCUGCUACGAAGUUCCUGCCCACGCCCACGCUCAUGAUGCUCUCGAAGAAGGUCGCGACUAUGACCGGCGAUGUUCGAUGCCUUCUUGAGGUUUCCCGUGCUGCCAUCGACCUCGCCGUCGCUUCGCAGAAGCCCUCGACACCAUGCAACGUCACUCCAGGACAUGUUAUAGCAGCGCUGAAGACCUACUCGUCGUCAUCAGCAGCAGCUGUCGCAUCCACCUCCGCAUCGUCUGCGAACACUGAGGUCGUCCGGAAGAUCGUCGAGCUCGGCAUUCAGGCGCGCCUCGUCUUGUUGGCCGUCGUUCUCGCUGCCAAGCGGCAGGAGGCCGGCCUGGCGCUGGGCUCACCACUACCAUCGCCUGCCAAGACCCCCGCUAAGAAGCCAGCGGGUAGACGAGCGGCUUCCCCCAUCAAGGCUUCGGCCUCGCUAUCAUCGGUCGCAUCCGUGGGGAAGAUGGACACCAGCAGGCUAUACGUCUACUACGACACGAUCUUGUCGCGUAGCGAGACGGGACUGUUCCAGCCGGUGUCUCGCAGCGAGUUUGGCGACCUCAUGGGCAUGCUCGAUACCACCGGCCUCGUGUCCAUGACCACUUCAUCUGUCUCGUCGACUACCGGGAAGACGAAGCGCGGCUUCUCACGCAGCUCGUCCUUCACUGGUAGCAUGCGCGCGUCGUCGGGCGCGUCGAGCGGGGAGGUGAUGCUCGCGCCGGGCGUCUGGGUUGACGAGAUCGUGCGCGGCUUGGGGAUCAACGACCAGGUCAUGGUCGACGCGAAGGCGGAGGAGGUACGCGCCAUUUGGCAGCGGGAGCUCGCGCGGAACGUGCGUGAGGCGCGGGCGGCGGCGCAGGCUGCUGAUGGCGCGGACAAGUUUGAUGAGGCGAUGGAAGAUUAGACCAUGUCGUUCUCUAUCGCCAUGGGUUGAGGAGGAGGCAGGUGUCGGUUUUCCUUUUCCUUUCACGUGGUCGAUUUGUGGUUUCCUUUUCGUAUUUGUCUCUUCUGUUCCGUUCACGCAUACUUUUCACUCUCACCCUCAUCGAUUUGCAUCCAUUCUCGACCUUGUACAUCAUCCCCUCGGCAUGAUACACGGCCUGUUCUCUGUUUCCUCUUGACUUGUUCAUCAAUCUCGAUACUUCUGUUCGUUUUGUCCCGCACGACGUCUCUCCUCACAUGAUGCCCUCUUAUCGAUAUGUCUUCCCGUGUCUCGACAUGUCCUCUCCUCGUUGCAUCGCUGUAUGG